CUGAUCCCUUUACUACUACUACUACUACUGUUCCCUUUUCUACUACUACUACUGAUCCCUUUACUACUACUACUACUACUACUCCUACUCCUACUUCUACUACUCCCCCUACUACCACUCCUCUGGUUUGUGUUAAUGGUGGGAAUUUACUGAAUGGUGUCUGUAUCUGUCCUGAUGAAUGGACCGGAAAGACAUGCUCAGAAGAAAACUUCUGCCGAGCACAAACGUUGGACGGAUUCACUUUCCCACGCACACCCAUUGGCUGGUUUGCAUAUUCCAAGGAAAUCUGUCGAAAAGGAACGAGUGGUGGUCCUCAAGUGUGACCAGACGCUCAGCGACAUACAACAAAAUCUUACCAGCUCAGCUAAUUUAGAGAUGCUGGCGAGCAGCACUCAAAUUCUGACCUCCAAACCUGAAGAGCUGACGGCUGAAAACGUUACAGCAGCAGCUCAGAUCGCCAACACGCUGCUGCUGUCUCCGAACGCCACAGAGAGCGUCAGGGUGGCAGCAGUAGCUACAAUCAGCCAACUGCUGAACGCCAACACGCCGGACGACAGCAAGGAAAACAGCGCUACUCUGGACCUCACGAUGACCCUGGACCAGCUCUCUGUGAACCUCAGCCAAAGUCUCAACACGAGUCAGGUGGUUCAACCAAACCUGGUGGUCCAGUCGGAACAGAUCCCUGCUGCAGGCACUCAGGGAGUCCAGUUCACCUCUCUCUCAGGACCGUCUGGCAGUUUCCUUGCCAACCGAAUUCUGCUGUACACCAACACGUCAACAGCUGUGGUGGAAAACAGGUUCCAAGCCAACGCCCUCAUAUACGUACGAUUCCCACCAGAAGCUGUCAGUGGUCGUCAGAAGCCGUCGAACGUCUCGCUGGGUUUCGUCCUCUACCAGAACGACCGCUUCUUCAGGUCAAAGCGCUACAGAAGGGGGCGGGCCCCCAUCAUGGUCCUGUCGGCCAGCGUCAAAGGUCAGGAGCGCAGCGUGGUGCCGCAACACGUGGAGAUGCUGUUCAGACCAGCAGUGGCGAACGAUACGUCUCUGUACGACUUCGCCUGUGUUUUCUGGAACUACAGUCUGAAAGAUUGGAGCACUGACGGCUGCUCUAAAGGAAACGCUUCAGACGGAGUCGUGAGAUGUUUCUGCAACCACACCACCAACUUCGCCGCUCUCUGGGUGAAUAUAUUAGACUAA